AUGGCGCUCAUUGUUGAUAAGCAUCGACCAAGAUCUCUUGAUGGCCUCACAUAUCAUGAGCAGCUAUCGGAACGGUUGCGCUCACUGGCGCAAAGCGGCGACUUCCCCCACCUCCUCGUGUAUGGCCCAUCGGGCGCAGGCAAGAAGACCAGAAUUGUCGCAACACUGAAAGAACUAUUUGGCUCCGGGGUCGAGAAGAUCAAGAUCGAUGCGCGCGUCUUCCAGACCAGCAGCAACCGCAAGCUCGAGUUCAACAUUGUGGCCUCGGUCUAUCACCUCGAAAUCACACCGUCAGACGUCGGCAACUACGACAGGGUAGUGGUGCAGGACCUGCUCAAGGAGGUUGCGCAGACACAGCAGGUCGACCAAUCGGCGAAACAGAAGUUCAAGGUCGUGGUGAUCAACGAGGCCGACCACCUCACUAGGGAUGCCCAGGCGGCGCUGCGUCGGACAAUGGAGAAGUACUCGCCCAACCUGCGACUCAUUCUUCUUGCCAACUCCACAGCGAACAUUAUCGCUCCCAUCCGAUCAAGAACUCUGCUCGUGCGGGUUGCGGCGCCGACACAUGCAGAGAUCUGCGACGUGCUGGCGGCGUCGGCGAAGAAGGAAGGUUGGCCGGUAGUGAAGGGUCUGCACCAGAGGAUUGCGGAGGAGAGCGGGAGGAAUCUCCGCAAAGCACUUCUGAUGUUUGAAGCAGUGCAUGCACAGAACGAAAAGGUCACAGACACCACACCAAUACCGCCUCCCGACUGGGAGGCGCUCAUCGGCCAGAUUGCCAAGGAGAUUAUGGAGGAGCAUACGCCUGCCCGAAUUCUCCAGGUCCGGUCGAAGCUGUACGAUCUGCUGACCCACUGCAUACCGGCGACCACCAUCUUGCGGACACUCACGUUCAAGCUCAUCCCGCUGAUUGAUGACGCCCUCAAGGCUGAUGUCAUCAAGUGGGCUGCAUUCUUUGAGCACCGGAUCAAGACUGGCACCAAGGUGAUUUUCCACUUGGAGGCAUUCGUGGCCAAGUUCAUGAGGAUAUUCGAGAUGUAUCUGAUGAGCAUGGAUAUGUGA